AUGCAAACUUUGGUGACCAUCGUCGUAGCCCUUGGCAGCUUAUGCCUCGUUAAGGGUAACAUUGUCCACUACAUCUUCUACAAGAGCUUCCCGUCAACUCUGCGGGAAUGCGCUCAGUACAAUGAAAUCCCGGACUGCACCCUGCAGCGAUACAUCGCCGACUCGUACCCAUGCGACGAACCCGUCAAGCGGUUGAUCCACUGCACCCUGUCCGGCCUGGGUGCCUGGGACGACAAGGAUGGCCUGCGGGAACACGUGAUCCGUAACUCGUUCAAGCCUACCCCGGAGGACACCUGCUACCUCAACCGCACCCGGGAAUGCAUCAAGAAUGCCCUGGCCCCACUCGCUGACGACGACUUCCACGGCCGUGCGUACGAAAUCUUCCAGUGCUACUACCGGCAGUACGGAAACCUCAUCGACGACGACCAAUCCGUCCCGAAAGAGGCGCUCGAGCUUGCCCAGCUGACCCAGCUCAGCCUGAUCAUCCAGAACCUCCCACGCUGUGUACUCAUCCAGUACAGCAAGGGAGACAUCCUGGACGAACCCCACUUCCCGGAACUCCUACUUCUGUGGCUCAUCCGAGGUGGCUUCUACGACGCCAAACAGGGCGGCAUCCAACUGGCCAACCUGUCCUCCCAGUUCGGUCACCCCGAGUUGGACACGCCGCAGACGGAGCAGUGCAUUAGGGCCGCCGAGCGAACCGUUUGCGACGAAAAAGAGGCCGUCAAAGCGUUCACCAUCUUCAAGCUCUGUCUGAAGGACAUUACGCCGAUCCUGAGACUGGUGAAGGAUGCCGCAAAGGCCCUGGUUGGCGAGGAGAAGAGCUGUGGAUGCUGCAAGGAAUGCAGCUACCCGGCGGUUUCGCCCGUGUACAAUCGAUUUGUGCGAUGA